AUGGGCAGCCCCCGCUCGGUGCUGAGCUGUUUGCUGUUGCACUUGUUGGUCCUCUGCCUCCAAGCCCAGGUAAGGAGUCUUUGGCCGCCUGUCGGCUCUGCGCGCGUGGGGCCGGGCGGGGGUGGAAGGGAGGGAGGACGGGAGACUGGCUUGGGAACUGGAGCGGGCUGGAGACGGGACAUGCUCCGGGCGGGCAGGCAACCGGCAGGGUUGACACAGGAGGUAACUGUUCAGUCCCCACCUAAUUUUACACAGCAUGUGAGGGAGCAGAGCCUGGUGACGGAUCAGCUCAGCCGGCGCCUCAUUCGGACCUACCAGCUGUACAGCCGCACCAGUGGGAAGCACGUGCAAGUCCUGGCCAACAAACGAAUCAAUGCAAUGGCAGAGGACGGAGACCCCUAUGCCAAGCUCAUAGUAGAGACGGACACCUUUGGAAGCCGAGUGCGAGUUCGGGGGGCCGAGACAGGCCUCUACAUCUGCAUGAACAAGAAGGGAAAGCUGAUUGCCAAGGGCAACGGCAAAGGGAAGGACUGCGUCUUCACGGAGAUCGUGCUGGAGAACAACUACACGGCUCUGCAGAACGCCAAGUAUGAAGGCUGGUACAUGGCCUUCACACGCAAGGGCCGGCCCCGGAAGGGCUCCAAGACCCGGCAACACCAGCGAGAGGUCCACUUCAUGAAGCGGCUGCCCAAAGGUCAUCACACCACAGAGCAGAGCCUUCGGUUUGAGUUUCUCAACUACCCCCCCUUCACCCGAAGCCUCCGGGGCCAAAGGACUUGGGCUUCUGAGCCCCGAUAGGGCCCCCACCCCUCCCCAGGACUUUGAGUAGAG